GGAGCGCAUCUGAUCCCUUACAUUAGGGAAAUGUCUGCACGGUAUAAUUUUUUCCGUGGCUUAAUUAUUAAGCAUCUUAAUAUUCGUUUUUUGCAAAUUCGAGCCUAUUUGAGAUAUUGCCUGCUCUAUUUUGGCUUGUUUUUGUACUCGGUUGCUAAAACCGUAUGAUAACACUCACCUACCCACCGUCAUGCUGCAUAUCCGAGCAGCGGUUUUGGUGCAAUGGUUCAUUCAAGAAUGGCUGUGCGUAUAUGGCUGUGUGAAUAUGUAUGUACGCAUGGUACCACUCUCCGCUCUCCCAACGUCAUUCCAGCGAGAGGUAGCAGGCUUCGGAAAAGGAUCGCUACGGUAGUGUUGGGAUAGUGAAAUGAAAACAAACAAAAAAAGGAAAGAAGCAAAACUCUCUCGCUCUCUCGCUCUCUCUCGCAAACUCAGUGUUUUCCAGCUCGGCUCGGAGAGUAUAGCGGCACAUCGUCGGAGCACUGUGUCAGUGGAGAACGCAAUGAAAUAAACAUCAUAGGAUUGGAAAAUUCAAUGCGUUCUCAGCGUUCCGUGUUGUCGCAACGUCGUGUUUAGCUUCCAUCUUCGUAAAUGAAGUGUUAUGUAAAAGUGUGAAUUAUUAUUUAUUUCGUUUCCGGUUUGGUGUCUAGUGGUGUCAAUUAUUCGACCGUGCGUGUCUGUGUGUAUGUGUGCGUGCGUGAGCGUGCGUGCGUGUGUGUCCGGUGUCAUUGUGUUCAUACAUGUUCAAUUAUUUAAUUGAUCCCGAUCCGUCGUUAGCAUAACACACGACGAUAAGUGAAGUUUGGUGGAAAAAGGAAAUUUUGUAGGAAAAAAACGGACAUUUCCGGUAUGUCGAUCGUGUUAUGUAAUGUUGCUUCAAAAACUAAUAACGACAAUAACGUUAACAAUGACAAUAUUAGUGAGGAUUCAAAUCCGGUUACAAUCUACAGGUGCCGAGCUCCUAUAGCUUCACUGGAUUGCAUGGAGGAAUUUAGUGGCACGACUGCUCAGCUUGAUUUUGGUCGUUCCACAAGUUUGGGGUCGAAUCCGGCCAUCCAGAUACGCAGCAAUGCGACCACAACGCCUGGCUUGCGCUACAAAAAUCUCGGCAAGAGUGGCCUGCGUGUGUCGAACGUUGGUCUCGGCACAUGGCCCAUUUUCUCGCCGGGCGUUUCAGAGGAGCAGGCGGAAGCCAUCCUGCGUCUGGCCGUCGAUAGCGGCAUCAACCUGUUCGACCUUUCCGAAGCGCACUCAGGUACACGUGCGGAAAUAGAGCUGGGCAAGAUCAUUCAAAAGGCAGGAUGGAAACGGACCAGCUUCGUCAUAACAACCAAAAUUUAUUGGAGCACAAAAUCCGAAGAGCGCGGAUUAUCGAGAAAACACAUCAUUGAAAGUGUCCAAGCGAGCCUGCAAAGGUUGCAGCUGCCGUACAUCGACGUCAUACUGGUGCACAAGGCGGACUCGAUGUGUCCGAUGGAAGAAAUUGUGCGAGCAAUGAAUUACGUCAUAUCGCAGGGAUGGUCAAUGUACUGGGGAACGGCGCGCUGGUCACCGGUGGAGAUCAUGGAGGCCUACACCAACUGCCGUCAGUUUAACUGCGUAACGCCUAUCGUGGAACAGUCGGAGUAUCAUAUGUUCUGCCGGGAAAAGGCGGAACUCUACCUGCCGGAGAUGUACAACAAGAUCGGGGUCGGUUUUAUGGCUUGGGGUCCACUGUCCAUGUAUUUGGGUGAUGCCCAGAAUGGCGAGAAGCUCUGGAUACCGAAGGGAUCGUUGAAGAGCAAGAGCCAAAGCUACUCCUGGAUUGAGGACGAAGUAAACAAAGAAGUAAGUGAACGAUUCGCGACCAGACCGCACUGUAGCGUACAUAUCUGUGUUCUUUUCUUUCUAAUUCUCCUCCAUCUGGCGGUAAUGUUGCAUUUGCGCAAGGAUCUGCAGGACGAAGCACGCCGGCUGUACGACAAAGCGCGUGACAUUAGCAAUCUGGCAGAAAAGCUGGGCUGCAAUGCGGUACAGCUGUCCAUUGCGUGGUCGCUCAAGCAUGAACCGGUACAGUGUUUGCUGCUCGGUGCAACUUCACCCGAACAGCUGCACCAAAGCUUGCAAGCGCUACAGUUACUGCCACGGCUAUCGACCGGUGUGAUGCUGGAGAUAGAACGCAUCCUCGAAAACAAACCGGUGCGUCCACCGCCGAUAUCUACGCUUGCGCUUCGGUGACAAUCAGCCUGCCCCCCGGGGCCUCCUAGCGAAAGCGGAGUUCCGUGUGGGGCAGAAUCGCCUAAAGAGGAAGACAUUAGCAUGGGUGAGGAGCAGAAAGAAUCGCAAAAGAUUAGCUUCUGCGAAAUUCAGUGACAAAACGAGAAUUUAGUAACCAGUAACCAAUUUGUAAACGUCGUCACUAGUGUUACGGAACGUAGCUCAACACUAACGCUUCAAGACCGCUGCCAAACACCAGCAGCACAGCAGCAACAGCAACAGCAGCAGCACCAGCAAACGCAUCAACAGCGCCGGCUGUCCGGCUAUCCGCAGCAGCCGCACCAGCCACAGCCUCAGCAGCAUCAGCAGUAUCAGCAGCGUCAGCAGUGCAAUAAUCAACAGCAGCGAAUGCAAAAGCAGCUUGUAAGGCACCCGAAGCUUUGGAAGCAGCGGCACGACCGAAGCGUGCUGAAGCCGAGCCUGCUAAGCCUGGAGUCGCUGAGCGUUAGUUUGGAGAGUCUGUUUUACGAGCAGAACGGUUUAGAUAGCAAAUUUAACAAUUCCUCCACGGCAACCGGUACGAUGCAGUCGACAAGCAGUACGGUUAGCACUACCAGCGAAGCUACUGGGCUGGCUGAGGACAAGCAGCAGGCACGCCAAUUAGUAGACUGCUUGAAGUCAAUUGACAACACGUUGAUGGGUGAGAAACGGAUUAGGUAUAAGAUUUCGUACAGCUUCAAAUCGCUGGACAGCAAUUGCAAAUCGUUGUUCAACAUUCUGCGCGGCAAAGGUAGCGCCAACGGGGUAGCACCUGCUAAACAGGCACCGUUGCCGGAAGAUUGUAAGCAGCCGACGCCAUCCUCCAACGCUCUCGUGACUGCACGGCACGUACACCAGAAUGGGUUUCGAAUGCUGUUUAACCGUAAGCUGUUGAGUGAUCGCAGGGACAGUGUCCUCCUUACACCCUGCGUUGACGUGAUCGAGAAGUAGAAGUGGAUGCACAAGGGUACACUGAGUCAUGAGGGUCUUCCACUGUUCAGCUCCCACAUGACUGGCUCAAUCUUCAAAGCAAUCUACGUUUGCAGAACGUGUCCCGAAAUCGGGGAAAAGCAACCUGGCUAAGUGAAGCUACAGCCCAAGAAAAAAACUGCUGCUUUCGGGGUAUGUUGUCUGCUACUUCCACUCAUAAAUAGUAGCAGUAUCAGUCGAUGCGGUGGUUAUCAGACGCUUUGUUGACGUGGCACAGUGAAUUGGACGUCUUAGUGGUAAACAGCAAGACGUUCAAGAAAUGGGAACAAGGCGAAAUAUGCAAUUGCAACAAACACACAAAAAUGUUGUUAACGUCUAUACUUAUGAUGUUAAAAUUCUUAUAACUAUUAUUCACAGAUUCUUAUCGUUGUCUCGUAAGAUAAAAGCUCUUCGCUACGAAGCUUACAAUAAGAAGGUGCCGAUAAUGAGCCAGCGGGCAGUAGACCAUUUUGAGGGCAAUAUCUCGCAAGUAUAGUAAGCUUUCUGAUUAUAAGAAAAAAAAAUAACACCCACACCCACACAAUCUUUCGCACAUGAAACACACAUUGAAACGCGGUGCGCCGAACGGAACCAAGGGCAAACCAGUAUAGCUAGUAGCAGUGGAAACGAAAUGCGUUAAUUUACUUCAAACACUCGGGCGAAAGAAUAGCCUAUAAAACGAUAAUUCUAUUUCUAAGAAAGAGCCUAUACCAGUAGAAAGAAAAACUAACAACAAUGUUUCAGAAACUCACUCACUAUCUAUAUACUUAUACUCGUAUCGUUAUAAUAUGUUGCUUCCUGAUCUGCUACGAAAGGCUCGUGAUUGAUAAAACAUAUAAGCGGAAAACAAACAACUAAAACAACAACAAAAAAGAUUACCAUUAAUCGAACAGCCUGAAAUAGCCUUUACGUGUCACUGUUGAAAGGCAAACGCGAGUUAAACCAAGCUGAACGAGAAGAUAACUAUGAAAGAUGACAAUGCAAUAGCAGAACAUUGAACACACAGCCACACACGCUCUAUUACACAAAAAUCACUAACUCGCUCUUUGACUACCGCUCUCGAUUUUGCUGCCAGCAUACUAAUGAAAGCAAUUUAAAACGGUACAGCAUAUCAUCAUUAGUUAGGUUUAAAGGUGAUAAAGGACGGCAAAUAAUUUAUUGUUUUGCAUUUAAUGCAUCAUUUCUUGUCAAAUCUCUAAACGUCUGAACGUUUACUCGUGCCGGAACAGAUUAGUGGUUGCUUCACGUUUUAUAUACACUUAGUUGAUGUGUUACGGGAUGGCUAUGUUUAAUUACUUUCUAGAUAUGCUAAACUAUACACCACCUUGAGAUUAAAUAUGUAAAGCUAACAUAGCUAUAUGAACGGGUGAAAAGCUUAAACAAAGUCACUAAUCGAAACUUCAUUGCUCACCGGGUGCGAUCGAGCGUGAACUCUGUUUAGCAAAAACUGUUGACUUUAGUAGGGAAAUUGUGCUCAUGUAAAUUUAAAUUAUAGAUUUCUAUUCCCUCAUUAACACCUUGGGAAUCUGGAAAAUAAUUAGUUUGGCGCGAGUAAGUAAGUAAACUAAACUCAUUUAGUUCCGACAAAGUGGCGGUGAUACAAGCUGAUGGAGACGUAAAAUCAAAUCUAGAUGACGUCGAAUCUGUAUUGCCAAUCGGAAUUUAUUGAACAGCUACAGCAGCAACAACAUCAACAUCAGCCUAAAGUGAUUUUUACAAGUAUCAAGCAUAUGAGCCGCAGUAUCGAUUAGUUAGAUAGAUAUAAAGUAGAUUAAGGAAAUGGACGCGAUAUGAAAGCGUUAAGGCAUAUUUUAGGGAGAAUGCUACAAAUUACUUAGGACAUUCUGUUCUUUCACUUUUUUUUCGAGCUCUCCAGUGGCUACAUGAACAUAACAUGAAAAGAAGAGUGAAAUGUGUAUGGAAUGACACCAUUACAUGGGGAACGGAUUACAAUAGCUUGGAUUGUUUCGAGGUCCGUAAGCUACCCCAAGAAUGCUUUAUUGAUUAUAAUCGCGAUAAAAGGGAAUGAAACAUACGGUAAAAGCUAAUGAUGCAUAGCGUGGUAUACUAUAACAGUCAACGGUAGCAACACAAUGGCAAAAUAAAAGAUAUUAGCAGCAAGCUUAACUCAUUUGUGAAGAAGAAAUCAAAACAAUGGAAAGCAUCCGUCAACAUUGCGACUAAUGAAAAUUUAACGAUUAUUCCAUCCUGCUCGAGCAGCAUCCUAAGCUCGAUAACAAGUCUUUGUCGAAUGUGUUUGUUCAUUGUUUAUAACAAGGAAAUGUGCAAAACUUCAUUAUUAAACUAACAGCCGAUAAAGCUGUGUAAAUUCAAGUAACGGCAAAUUGACCGUAUGCCAGUCGGAAAUGAGAGUUAUUUCAGUACAACAUAUGUAACAAAACACAAAACAAAAGCGAAUAAUAUGAAUAAGCAAGCACCCCAAAACUAAAUAUCUAAUGGGGGGUAAAGGUAAACAAAAACAAACCAACUAAAUUGAAGCUUGUCGCCUACAAACAGCAACGCCAGGCUGUUGAAAUGAACAGUAAACCAGAUGCUAAACACACUCGUCUCACUCGUUCGAGAACUCGCACGGGAAGCUGAGCGUACGGGAUUGAUGCAGCAUGGCGUAAUGUCCGCGGCAAGUAACAUUUUUUGCAAUAUCAUUCUAAUAGCAAUGUAGUUCAACUAAGUUAAAAAGAAACUCUUUCCAGGACAUGAAUCUGGACGAGAGCAUUAGGAAAAACAAAACUCGAGAAUAAUAUAAAUAUAUAUAUAUUUAAUGAAUAGUAUAUACAUCUUAUAACAACAACAAAAGAAAAGUUAAAGCAAACAAACAAUAAUUUUACUAUCUUCAGCUCUGCCAAAAGUGCAUCUUUUAGAAUAAUUAUAAAUCAAAACAAACCAAUGGGACAUGGGGAAAUCGACACGAGGAUGUGAAUCUGCACGGGGCUUCUCUUUCAUGCUCUACCAAUUCGUCGUAUUUAAUGGAGUACGUAUCGAUGGAAUGAUAUGUAUAGGGGUAUGUGGUUAGCAAUUUGAAUGUGCAGGAACACAAACACAGUGAUCCAUCCUGAUAUUUAUGUAUAGUAGCAAACAAGAGUAACGACAUAAAAGAACAACAAUAACAGAACGAUAAAAGUCCAGCUCUCUUAUGAAGUGAUUCUACUACUUUAAGUAUAUUCAUUUUGAAAAGGAAUAAAAAAACGAACAAAAAAAAAAGAAACAAACAAAACAGCACAUUUGUUCAUCAAAUAAAGAUAGCGCAGUCAACACGAAAACACUAAACGCAAGUAGAUACGAUUUAAAGCAAAACACGCUAAACCAGUUGGCAGUCAUAUAGCCUAGAAGCGUACAGCGUUGUACUGCUUAUUGUAUGUGAAUGUAGUGGGAGGAGUGUGAAAACAAACCUCAAUCGAAUGGCGAAUGGCACGUGAUGUAAUAAUGUAAACGCAAUGCAUAAGCAAAACCCAACCAACACACACACACACACACAUAUUAGCGGUAGUAGCAACUAAUAAGUAAAGCAAAACAAAAAUAAAACAAAAAAGAAACAAAACUAACGACACCAAUCGUAGCAAUUCGAAGUGUUCGAACAUGGUUAAGAUGAAAUUCGGUAGUACGAUAAUGAAACUAAACGCAAGGAGUGAAUUAAAAACAAAAACAAACAAACAAAACAAAACAAAACAAAACACUUACAUAGCGAACAAGCUUAACGAGCGUGUUGUUUUCUAUUUUACAAGCCUUCUUCAUGUAGCACGUGCCGGACACAUGGGCUGUUUACUGAGCAACGGACAUGCUAUACUCUUACUACUACGGUUCUGUUAAACCAAGACAAACGCGUUGUUACGGACGGAGAUGCUGAAUAGCUAGCUUUCUCUAGAUAGCAUAUUUUAUCGGUUUUUGCUUUGAGCACUACCUUUACUCUACGAGCCUGUCGAUAGUAGUAUUUUUUUUAAACACGUUAUACCUACAUAUAUUUAAACAUUAAAUGAUUCAAUAUUUUCUCACAGCCAGGCCAGCCGACCGGCUGUUAGAUCAUAGAUGGUAGCGGCAUGAUUCUAUACAAAUAUAAUAACGUGCAUAAAAACGAACGGGCGUGCUUGCCUUUGAACGUAGAAAGAUGCUGCCACAUGUAUGGCUUUUUUCACACAGAGAAAGAGAGAGAGAGAGAGAGAAAAAGGAAGAACAAGGAGGAUACGAUUGCAGCCAGGAUGGACAUGUUCAUCAUGACAUGACUAGAUAACACAAAGAAAUUGAAACUACCAGCAUCCAUACUAUUUAAAUGCAAUCGCUGAAGAGUAAAACUGCAACUAAAUGAACAGCUAGUUACAUACUUUUUCAAAUUUUUCUUCUGACGCGUAAUGAUGGGAUUUAAAUUUAAUGCAGAACAUGCGUACUAAUAAAACAACACUUAACAAUUGUGAUAAAACAACAAAACCGAACACUACAAACUUGCUUGUAAAUCGUAAUAUAACGUUUACUUAUUAUGCACACCAAAACGGAAUAGAAACAAAGAAAACGAUAAGAAAACACAUACAUAAAGGAAAAGCGAAAGAGAGUGAGCGAGCGAUGGAAAGGGAGAAAGAGAGAUAUUGAAGUAAUUCACAUAAUAGAAAGUUUUCAACAACAAAAAAUCAACGAAUAAAGCAAACUGUUUGCAAAACACCUAUUUCGGGAUUUUCUCAAUAUCCCCACUCUUUUUUGGAUAGUGAUCCGUGAUUAAAACUAUAAAAAACACUGCUGUUUGGUGCGUCGGUCCAGCAGACACAGUUUCAAACAAUUUUGGAAUUUACCUUAUAAAAGAUUCCAUUCCUGACCAAAGUGUAACAAAAGUUUGAAUAGUGGAACCCCAUCUGUCACGUAAAUUUGACGACAACAUCAAACCAACCAUCCUUGUUAGUGUGUUGUCUUGUGUUGUGUGUGUAUGGAUUUCCGUGCAGUUCACAACACAAACACACAAACACCUUUAUUUUGCAAUUUUUUUUCUUGAACCGAUUUGUUAAGGUUUUUAAAGAGUCCAAUUCGAUCUGAUUAGAAAACCACAGCCAUUAAGCUAUUGUAGGAGCACGCGGAACCGCAUCGCAAGCACACAUAGAUAGAGCGAAAAUGGGCAAAGAUGCGCUAUAUUAAGUUCGACACAGUAGUCACGAAAGCAAUGAGAAUCCUCUUGAUUGUAUCCAGAGUCAAGCUAGGAUAUUUAUCAAAAAACAAAAAAACAAACGAACAAACUAAAGAAAGGUGUAUAUGUAUACCUGUGCAUAUAAAAAUUCCAGAUAUAGGAAGUUUCUUCUUGAAUCCGAGUUUUCUAAGUUGAACGAAACCGUUUUAGAAUAAAAAUUAUGACAUCCUAUUACUGCUUUAAACUUGUUGAAAAUAAUAAAAAAAACCCCACUUAAAAGAUAAAA